CCAAGCGAUUUGAAAGAGCAGUUGCACGGACUGUCAGUUGUUUCGUUGAACUUAUGGUAGUUUCAGAGAUAGUGGCAGCAACGUUUAUUUAUGUAUGUGGUCUCCGCAGAGCAUAUCGAAUAAUUCUCAGAGGCGAAAAGAAAAUACGCAACUACUUGCCUAUGCAGACCAAGAGUGGAGCAUAUUAUUCCCUUCAACGACGUUUUUUACGAAGGGUUUUCAAGGCGAUUCAGAGUGCCAUUCAAUACACACAAAACUGGAAGCGCAAUAAAAGUGUUACUAGUGACCACACUGGUCUAUCAAAAGAAAAAGAGCUAGCCAAGCAGCAGGGUAAACAUAUUUCGAGUCUAUCUGGAAGGAACAGAACAAGUCGAGCAAAGAAGAAAGACGAAGACGUCCAACAAGGGUUACAAUUGGGAACGUUUGAAGAGUCAAAGUGUGAAAAUGCAUACGUACGUUUGCAGGUGAAGGGAGGACGCGAUAAAAGUAAAACGGGGUCAGAGACUGACGAACCUGAGAGCCGAGCCCUGUGAAACUUUGUUGGGCUGAAAAGUUGUAAAUACACAGCCUCUAGUUAGUAUCUUUUUUGUCGAAGCCUAGUUAGUAUCUAUUUUUGUCGAAGCAAGUCGUGAAAGGGAUAGCUUCAAUUUUAUUGAUGUUGAAAACUUUAGCAAAAGCUAUUUCCUGAAUUGCUUCAUUGGCUUUCGCAUGUAAAAUAAGAGAAGGUUUUUCCAGUGAAGGCAUAUUUAGAUUGUUCUUUGUAGCACUGUCACUAAUUAGAACUUGGAAAGCCUACUGGUGGUCUUUACACUGUGGAGAAUGCUUCUUUUCUUUUCGAAGUCAUUCAUAUUCAUUUGUAUAUAAUUCCUCAUAUUGUUUGUAUUGGAGGCUUGGCAUGUAUACUUGUGGGACAGCACUGUCAUCAUUUUUCAUGGAUCGGCUAAUGAUGGUAAGUGCAUUACAUCAAGAAUCAUGAAACAGUGGUUUUCUUCAAUUGAAUAAUCAUCACAGACAAAAAUCCUACGGAUACCUUCAGUACUAAACAAUACCACAAUUAACUGCACGUACUCUAGGCUCGAAUUUUUUGAAUACUCACCUUGUAUCCUCUUUAUACUCUUUGGUAAGCGGCCCUUGAAAUCUUAACUUUUGAAAGGAACAAUCAUCUUUUGCGGAAAAGUUCAUUAGAUUCUUUCCCAAGUAAAAUGUUUCUUUGACAA